AUGUCCGCCAACACCGCCAUUCAGGACGAAGUCACGUCUCUUAACGCCAUCUUCGACGAAGGUACCUUGUCACCUAUUGAGCAAGAUGCGAGAGUCUAUAGCUUGCGACUACCGUAUCUGCCAUCAAUCACCCUUCGCAUAGAAUUUCCAGCAGACUACCCAGAUGCCCCGCCAUCGAUACUAGGCACUCAGAGCGUCGGGCAGGAUGUACCCAAGGGCAUGGGUAAUCGUGCAGUUGAAGUAGUCAGAAAUGUUCUGGCAAAGAUAUAUCAACCCGGCGACGCGUGCGUCUAUGAUCUCGUCGAGGAAGCAAGAGAAGCGUUAGAGCAAGCGGAAGAACAAGGAGACCUCCAGCUGCACGACCAGCAUGAAACUAAACACUCCGAGGAAGAUGGAUCUUCACGUGGUACUGCUGAUGUAUCUAUCGAUCUUGGACCAGAACCGCCCUGGGUUGUUGCACCUGCCCUUACCGAGAAGAAGUCAGUCUUCCUAGCUCGUGUGGCUCCGGUGUCGUCCCCCGCCCAAGCUAGACAGUAUGUUGCGCAUCUCUUAGCGACAGACAAGAAGGCUGCUCGUGCCACUCACAAUAUGACUGCCUGGCGAAUCAAAGGCCCCAACGACACGAGCUAUCAAGAUUGUGAUGACGACGGCGAGACUGCGGCUGGGUCACGCAUGCUGCACUUGAUGCAACUGAUGGAUGUAUGGAACGUUAUGGUUAUCGUCACAAGAUGGUAUGGCGGCAUCCUAUUAGGUCCCGAUCGCUUCCGUAUUAUCAACACGGCGGCAAGAGAAGCGUUGGUCUUGGGUGGUUAUACCAAAGAGGGUAAAGACGGCGAUGAGAAAAAGAAAGGGAAAAAAUAGAAGCUCCAAUCCCGAGACUCAUGCUUGCAGCUUUUUCUUCAAAUUACGGCGGUAUUGUGUGUACCGCUCUGCAGGAGAAAGUAGCGGCCGCUACAAACGGUCAAAGUUAGCCGACUACGUAGGCACUAGAACGGGACAAACACCCGAGCGUAGUAUUCUGAGGCAGCUUCGUGAAUAAAAAUGUAAAACA